AUGAUCACCACGCAAAGUACCACGCAGAGUACGACAACGAAAAGACGUAACUCGCUUCACACUAAUCUUUUUGACCCGCAGCUGUUCCAGGUACCGUCCGCGCCCCAGGGCUACCGGCGCUCGCUGAGUCCACUGGAUCCUCCUCGCUCGACUCUUGUGCAGCGCGGCGCGCUGCAAAAGCUAUCGUCUCAUGUCCCCCAGAAAGUGAAAGACUGUCUUCCCGACGUCAACAUCAAAGUAAUGGCUUUAUGCUGUGUCUGGUACGUCACAUCGUCCGUCUCCAGCAAUCUCUCCAAAGCCAUUUUGAGUGGCUUUCCGCAUCCAGUGGCUCUCACAGAGCUACAAUUUUUCAUCAGCGCAUUGUUGUGUGUGCUUUUCGUCACCAUAGCUAACCAGCUCAGCUCCGAGGCCCAUAAGGCAGGUUCCAUGUCUCGAGCUGUCCUUUCCUUUCCAGAAGGUAUAAUCCCCAGCUAUCUAAACGGCAACUUCAAGUUGUGCGUGGUUUACAAGUUCUUGAGGCCAUGCAAGCUAGCAUUGGCUGCUACAUUUCCGAUGGGCAUUUUCCAGCUAGUUGGCCACAUUAGCUCGCAUAAAGCAACUUCUCUCAUACCAGUUUCCUUCGUUCAUUCGGUCAAAGCUUUGUCUCCAAUAAUGACUGUAUGUUACUACAGAUUUUUUAAGGGAAAACACUACAACACGAUGACAUAUCUUACAUUGAUACCUUUAAUAAGUGGGGUCAUCACGACCUGUUGGUCAACACAUGGUCACAGAAAGGUGGACGGACCAGUCAGCGAAAGUCAAUUCAUCCAAGGCCUAUGUUUUGCUUUAUUGUCGAUGAUGAUCUUCGUUUACCAGAAUAUUUUCGCCAAGAAUAUCUUAACCGUCAAGAAAGAGCGUGGGAUUUUACCCUCCAAGUCUGAAAAGCAGUCUAUUCCUAAUAAAAAAGAGAUUUCGCCUUUACAGAUCGACAAACUCACAAUCCUCUUUUACUGCUCAUGUAUUGGCUUUAUUUUGACGUUACCCAUUUUCAUUUCAAAUGAGCUGCUUAACAUGAGCUCAACUAAAAGCGUGUUCAAUGACCUUACAGGCAGUGCUCUGUUGCUGGUAUUUAUCCACGGAUGUACCCACUUUUUCCAAGCCAUGCUUGCAUUUCAACUAAUCGGGAUGUCAAGUCCUGUUAACUACUCCAUCGCCAACAUCAUGAAGCGCAUCGUUAUAAUCGCGGUGGCUCUUUCAUGGGAGUCGCGCUUUUCUUUGCAGCAAGUUUUUGGCCUGUCGCUAACAGUGCUAGGUUUGUACGGUUACGACAGGUGGGGACUUGCUAGGAAAUGA